AUGUCUGCUGACCCGCUGCAUUCACCCCCCUCCAAGUCGUUCCAACGCACGCCAACCUCGUGGGACACGCAAGAUGACGUCCUUCUCUUGCAUCUAAAAGAUAACCAGAAACUAGGCUGGAAGGAAAUCGCCUCCCAUUUCCACAACAGAACGCCCAAUGCGUGUCAGUUCCGGUGGCGGCGGUUGAAGAGCGGCAAUUUGAAGAAUCCACCCAAGAGCAUGACCAAAUCGUCCGGUUUGGCGGCCGCGGCCGUCGCUGCGGCCUCCUCUCCGACCGGAUCAUCUGACCCGUCCAAAACCCAAAUGGUAUCCAGCUCCGAUAUGAGUAGCUCGCUCGGCACUGCGGAGGGCAGAUCCAAUUCUGUCGGCGGGCCUGACUAUGGCGAGUCGAAAUCGCCGUCCAGUAGCCUGGGGAAACACCUACGCGGCGGUGUGUCUCCUGACCAUACGCCGGUGUACUCUCCGGCGCCAGCACCGACGUUUCGGGGGUACGAGCUGGUCAACAGUGCGCUUGCGGGGCUCAAUGCCUCGGCCUCGGCUGGCCAUGGCGGUACGGGGAUGGUGCACACGCAAACAGUUGACAAUCUGCCGCAGCUGUUUACACACCUGCCCCAGGCGUUCCCCAAUCUGCCCCGUCUAGAUGUGCCCCUUGACCCGCAGACCCAUAGUGCGGCGGCAGGCACGUCCGGUGGUUACUUCACGGAUAUCAGUGUUGAUCCCACGCUGAACUUGCCCCACAAUAAACCCCAUAUGGUUCCUAGCUCAGGCUUGACGCCGCGCGGACUGACCACAGAUCAGAUGGCACUUCCUCACAACAACUCUAUUAUUCAGAUUGUGCGCGAGCGCGACGAUCGCAACUCCAUCUCGCUGCUGCGGCAUUCCGUGCUGAGUCUUCCCUCCAAGUCUAUGAAUAUUCCACAUCAUCAAACCAGCAGCAACGCUCUAGCGCACUUGCCAAUUUUGUUUGGCGGAAGUAGUAUCAGUGGAGCUGCUGGAGGCCCCAACUCAAUCUCUGGACCCUCCGGCCUUCCCCAAUUGGCACUGACGCUCUCUAGUAUCCGGAAUGGGUCUAUUGUCGGCUCGACAACAUACUUACGGCGUCUGUCAAUGCUGGGUUCCAUUGGCGAUCGCAGAGCAUCCGAGCGGGAGAGGGAAAAACGUGCUGAACGCGAGAAAAGCGCCGAGAAGCGUGAACGUGAACGCGAGCGUGAGGUCAAAAGUGAACUGACCACUCCUAAGCAGGCCUCGCAACAGCCUAUAUUCCGCAUCCCUUGGUCGAUGGAAGAAGACGAGUUGUUGAUCAACCGUCGUCAAAAAGAACUCUCCUUUGCAGAGCUUUCGAUUCUACUUCCGCAACGUACCGAGGGAGAGAUAUGGCUGCGUAUUGAUGCUCUCGAGCGCAUUAAGAAUGGUCAUCGAGCACUGGUCUCCCGUGCCACACGUAGGCGCCAAUCACUGUUUGGCCUUGAUGAUGUUGACGAUUUCUAUAACGAUGUCGAGUCAGUGAUUGGCAGCAUGGAGAGCGACGACGAAGAGCACGCACUCGUGGACCUGGACGAUCAAAUCCAAGGCCAGAGGCGUGCUCGUAAACGGCGUGCAAGUUCUGCCGUCAACCCAUUGACGGUUCGCGAAGGCAUCCGCGGGCGGUUCCGCUGA